AGUUGCUGGGACUUGCGGCUGUGUUGACCUCUUGACAAGUAGUGGGGCGGGGGUGAGUGCGCGGGUCCAGCCGCCCUCUCCCACAGCGCGGUCCGCAGCAAGCCCGCCAGUCGGUUCUCAUUCCUGUUGAGUAUUUUCAUGCUUCAUCAUGUUGAGGGCAAAGAAUUGGCUUUCUUCACUUUCACCCCAUUAUCUGAAGCAGUUAAAAGAAUCAUCAUCCUCCACGCUCGUAUGGAUACGGUCUCUACAUCAGCAGAAACCCCUUCAUCCAGAAUGGGCUAUCCUGGCCAAAAAGCAGCUGAAAGGCAAAAACCCAGAAGACUUAAUAUGGCAUACCCCAGAAGGGAUCUCUAUAAAGCCUUUGUAUUCCAAGGAGGAUACUAAGGACUUACCUGAAGAACUUCCAGGAGUGAAGCCAUUCACACGUGGACCAUAUCCCACCAUGUAUACUUUCAGGCCCUGGACCAUCCGCCAGUAUGCAGGCUUUAGUACUGUAGAAGAGAGCAACAGAUUCUAUAAAGACAAUAUUAAGGCUGGUCAGCAGGGGUUAUCAGUUGCCUUUGAUCUAGCAACGCAUCGAGGUUAUGAUUCAGACAACCCUCGAGUUCGUGGUGAUGUUGGAAUGGCUGGAGUUGCUAUUGAUACUGUGGAAGAUACCAACAUUCUUUUUGAUGGAAUUCCUUUAGAAAAAAUGUCAGUUUCCAUGACCAUGAAUGGUGCUGUUAUUCCAAUUCUUGCAAAUUUUAUAGUAACUGGAGAAGAACAAGGUGUACCCAAAGAAAAACUUACUGGGACAAUUCAAAAUGAUAUACUAAAGGAGUUUAUGGUCAGAAAUACUUAUAUUUUCCCUCCAGAACCAUCCAUGAAAAUUAUUGCCGACAUCUUCCAAUAUACAGCUGAGCACAUGCCAAAAUUUAAUUCAAUUUCAAUAAGUGGAUACCAUAUGCAGGAAGCAGGAGCUGAUGCCAUUCUGGAACUGGCCUAUACUAUAGCUGAUGGAUUGGAGUACUGUAGAACUGGACUCCAAGCUGGCCUAACGAUUGAUGAAUUUGCACCCAGGUUGUCUUUCUUCUGGGGAAUUGGGAUGAACUUCUAUAUGGAAAUAGCAAAGAUGAGAGCGGGGAGAAGACUGUGGGCUCACUUAAUAGAGCGAAUGUUUCAGCCUAAAAACUCUAAAUCUCUUCUUCUAAGAGCUCAUUGUCAGACAUCAGGAUGGUCACUUACUGAACAGGAUCCCUAUAAUAACAUUAUCCGAACUGCAGUUGAAGCAAUGGCAGCUGUGUUUGGAGGGACUCAGUCUUUGCACACAAAUUCUUUUGAUGAAGCUUUGGGUUUGCCAACUGUAAAAAGUGCUCGAAUUGCCAGAAACACACAGAUCAUCAUUCAAGAAGAAUCUGGCAUUCCUAAAGUGGCUGAUCCUUGGGGGGGUUCGUAUAUGAUGGAAUCUCUCACAAAUGAUGUUUAUGAUGCUGCCUUGAAGCUCAUUAAUGAAAUUGAAGAAAUGGGUGGAAUGGCCAAAGCUGUAGCUGAGGGACUACCUAAACUACGAAUCGAAGAAUGUGCUGCCCGAAGACAAGCUAGAAUAGAUUCUGGUUCUGAAGUAAUUGUUGGAGUAAAUAAGUACCAGUUGGAAAAAGAAGACUCUGUAGAAGUUUUGGCAAUUGAUAAUACUUCAGUGCGUAAGACACAGAUUGAAAAACUUAAAAAGAUCAAAUCUAGCAGGGACCAAGCUUUAGCUGAACGGUGUCUUGCUGCACUAACCCAAUGUGCUGCCAGUGGAGACGGGAAUAUUUUGGCUCUUGCAGUGGAUGCAGCUCGUGCAAGAUGUACAGUUGGAGAAAUCACAGAUGCUAUGAAAAAGGUAUUUGGUGAACAUAAAGCUAAUGAUCGUAUGGUGAGUGGUGCAUAUCGCCAGGAAUUUGGAGAAAGUAAAGAGAUAACAUCGGCUAUUAAGAGAGUUCAUAAAUUCAUGGAACGGGAAGGUCGCAGACCUCGUCUUCUUGUGGCAAAAAUGGGACAAGAUGGUCAUGACAGAGGAGCAAAAGUUAUUGCUACAGGAUUUGCUGAUCUUGGUUUUGAUGUGGACAUAGGCCCUCUUUUUCAGACUCCCCGUGAAGUGGCCCAGCAGGCUGUAGAUGCAGAUGUACAUGCUGUGGGUGUGAGCACACUGGCUGCUGGUCAUAAAACCCUCGUUCCUGAGCUCAUCAAAGAACUUAAUGCCCUUGGACGGCCAGAUAUCCUUGUCAUGUGUGGAGGCGUGAUACCGCCACAGGAUUAUGAAUUUCUGUAUGAAGUUGGUGUUUCCAAUGUAUUUGGUCCUGGAACUCGAAUUCCAAAGGCUGCUGUUGAAGUACUUGAUGAUAUUGAGAAGUGUUUGGAAAAGAAGCAGCAAUCUGCAUAGUGACUUUAUUUUUGUUGUGGCAGGAGAUUGUAUGUUUGUGAACAUUCCCUUAAAUGAAAGUGCUUGUGCAGUUAUUGUGUUCUCAAGAAUGGAGGUGUAAGCUGUGAAUGUAGAUCUGUGAUAUAAAAAGAAAUUAGUUUUCCAGAUCCAGAAUGGUGCUACCUUGUAUAGAGUUGCUUAUUGAAGAUAAAUUACAAAAAUAAAAAUAGCUCAAA